AUGGCAACUAAUGAUAUUUACAAUGAAAUAUGUUUUGAAUGCGGAGAAUUUAGUGGAGAACCAUUUAUAUGUAAUCAAUGUCACCAAACAUUUUGUUCAGUACACAUAGAAGAUCAUCAAGAAGAUAUACCAGAACAGAUGCAGACUCCUGUCCAAAAUCAUGAACUUCCGAACCAAGACAAGAAUGAUGAUUCUUAUAAUCGUCAAUUAUUUCAUCGAAUUGAUCAAUGGGAAAAAGAAUCUGUGGAUAAGAUUAAAGUCGCAGCUGAACUAGCUCGAGUAGAUCUCCGAUUACUUAUUGAAAAGUCAACGAACUACUAUAAAGAAUCAACAAAGAAGGUAUCACAAGCAAUUGAUCGAAGUCAACGAUUGAAUACUUUUCCCGAAGUUGAAAUCAAUACCUGGAUUCAACAGUUAAAUGAAAUUCAAAGACAGAGUCAAACAUCCUUUUACACUACAAUCAAAGAAGACCGACUUAUAUCACCAAUCUAUAUGAUUAAAGUCACACAAGAACCAAAGACUCAAACUUAUCCGAGUGAGCAAUCGGGUAAAAGGUCGAGAAAUACAACGAUUAGUAAUUUGAAACCUGCAGUAGUAAAUGAUCCCAGUGAUCGAUUCGAUGAAGUUUUUGGAGAAGCUAACCUGGAUGAAAAGAAACUUGUUGUGAUAGGCGACAGUUAUUCACGUUCAUGUGUCUCUGGUGUAAAUUUAUAUUCGAAUGGAAAACAUUCUGUGGAGUUCGGUGUUGAAGAAAUUUACACAGCCAAUUGGAGUUGUUUCUUUGGUAUAAUAACAUCGAAUGAACGUCUGAGUGAUAAUAUCCCAAACAUGAAAUCGCUUCAUGGAUUUUGGUCAAGUGGAUAUCAUGUGAUUUGUGGUGAACGAUUAGGCGUAACUGGAGCGAGAAGAUGGUACAAAAACCAUAAGAUUAUAUUGACAUUUGAUUGCGAUAAUGGACAAUUUCAAAUCGAAAACAAACGAACUGCUUGGCGACAUAAAUUCGAUAUCGAUCCUCGUGCAUGUCCAUUUCCAUGGAAAUUUAUUUGUUUCAUCAAGGGAUGUCAACUUCGUAUACAAAACUAG